GUGUCAUAGCUCUUUCCGCAACUUCCUCCUUCAGAUCUCGGCGGUGACGGAUCCAUUCCAAAUCGUGUUUUCAGAUCGGCGACUUGGAGUCAACAAACCAACGACCUUACUUACUAAUCCCGGCUUCGGAUUGAAGUUGCUACGUCAUCCUCCUCCGGCGAAUUUUGGUGGCGGAUCUCUCCGAAAUUGCUCUUUUGAAUGUUUGAUUUCGGGAGUUGUGAAAAUAGGGCGGCGGAGUCAGAGUGAGAAUUCUCUCUGAUGGCUUCAAUCCGGCGAACUCUCUCGCCGAUGUAUCACGAUCGCGCACACGAGAAUGGAGGUGCGCACAAGGGUUUCACAAUUGGUGGUAGCAGCAGUAAACACAAUUCCUCUCAGUUUCUUUCGUAUCUCACAAAACUCCUCGGAGUAACCUCUGAUCCUAAAAGCUCGAGAAGAGGUCCGUGGAGGCGACCGUUUUACCAGUUUCUCGUCUUCUUUCUUCUUGGAUUUGUUUUAGGUUUGACACCUUUCGGUAAAAUGGAAGAUGUGAACGGUUCCGAUCGGUUCUCCUUUGAGAUCAAACAGCCUUACGUUGAGGAGAGGUUGGAUAACAACAACAAGAAACGGGAAGAGGUAGCUGUAGAUGCGGUGAGUUUUGUGGCGGAGACUGAAACUGGGAACAAGGAGAUCAGUUUUGUGCCGAGGAAGCUUAUUAUUGUGGUCACGCCAACGUAUAAUCGAGCGAUGCAGGCGUAUUACUUGAACAGGAUUGCUCAAACGCUGAGACUAGUUGAUUCGCCUGUUCUGUGGAUAGUGGUGGAGGGGAACGCUGCGUCGUUUGAAACCUCUGAGAUUCUGAGGAAGACUGGUGUGAUGUACAGGCACUUGGUUUGCAAGAGGAACAUGACGAGUAUCAAGGAUAGAGGGGUUCAUCAGAGAAACACUGCAUUGGAACAUAUUGAGUUGCAUAAGCUUGAUGGAAUUGUCUACUUUGCUGAUGAUGAUAAUAUCUACUCGCUUGAGCUCUUUCAAAGCCUAAGACAAAUCAGUCGAUUUGGAACUUGGCCUGUUGCGAUGCUCGCACCAAGCAAAAACAAGGCCAUCCUUGAGGGUCCAGUAUGCAAUGGAAGUCAAGUGAUUGGAUGGCACACCAAUGAAAAGAGCAAAAGAUUACGGAGGUUCCAUGUUGAUAUGUCGGGAUUUGCUUUUAACAGUACAAUACUCUGGGACCCUAAAAGGUGGCGACGCCCAUUUACACAUCCAACCCGCCAACUAGACACAGUGAAGGAGGGUUUCCAAGAGACGACAUUUAUAGAGCAGGUGGUGGCUGACGAAAGCGAGAUGGAAGGUGUUCCACCAGCUUGCUCGAGGAUAUUGAAUUGGCAUCUUCACUUGGAUGCCCGGGAUGUCCCUUAUCCACAAGGGUGGGCGAUCCAGAAGAAUCUCCAAGCUCUCAUAACUAUGAAAUAGUUUGAAGAUAGUUUUGACUGGUUUCUACUUAACCCAUGUGCUGUGCUCAUUUCUGAAUAUAUCUCAAAGAAGCAUAUGAAGAAUGGAAAAAGACAAGCGAGGAAAGUGUAGGAUAAUGAAGAGGCGCACACAUUUUAGAUAAACGUUGCUGGAAUCGUGUGAGCCUCCCUUGAAUCCAAGAUUUGGUUGGAAUUAAAGUGAAGGCCUUGGUGUUUUAGUAUGAGAUGGAAUUAUAUUACCUUCUGACAUUGCUGAUUCCACGGCAUUUGUAUUCGCCCAUGGCUAACCAAGUCUUCUUGUUUCCUUUUUUUUUUUUUUUUGUUGUGAUGAAAGAAAGAAAUUCACGUCCUAAAAAAUCAAGUCGAUGAUCAUCACUUCCUAACUAGAGAAGAAAGAGAACGAGAGAAUUGUCCGACUU